CCCACUUGCUAUCCCUCCAUCGUCUCUGCCCUUUGACUGCCACCGUAUAUCCUCUUCUUGCCUCAGUCAGCACGUACCGUGUGCCUCAGGAUCGCACUGGACAUGAGUUUUGUCAACUUGAACGACGACUCACUGUCGCUUGUCGUAUCGUUUCUGUCUCAGUGUGACGCGUUGCGUCUCUCUCUGACAUCCCGCAGAAUUCAUCCCCUCGCCAAACGCCAGGCGCUAUCAGCGAUUGACAUCAAGACGAUUGCACAACUGGAGAGGAUCUGCAACUACCUGCUGGCCGAUGUGACAAGCCGCCUGUACUUCGUGCGCACUCUCAAAGUGUCCAAGGUUGCCUUCGGCAUAUGGAGUGGUGAGGCUGGGGAUUUUUCCGCGGCCCAUCUCCUCGCGGAUGUGCUUGAACAGACAUCUCACCUCCAGACACUGUGGCUCGAUGCAGUUGGAGCUCUGUUCGCGGCAGAACCACGAGUAGCAUCCGCGUUAUGUGGCCUCGAUCAGCUGUCGGAUCUGCAGCUGGAACACAUAUCUACCGAUACGUGCAAGGUUUUGGGACGACUUGCUUGCACACCUCGUCGACUCGCCCUAUUUCAUUUUGGCGAUGACCGCCAGCCCUGCGACGCAACUUCAAUUCUUCGCGCCCCCGCUUUGCGACGGGUUCGAUUCCUCCACCUAUAUGGUGUUCAUAUCGCGGAACGUACACAACAGGAACACAGUCUGGAGGAUCAUCUUGGCGACGAUGCGAUGCAAUGGCGGGACACCAGGGAGUUAAGGGUUCAAUACAGCUACGUCUCUAUGGCUACGCUUGUAAGGGCCUUCCCUAACACCAAGAAGUUUUUCCUGUGUCAAAGACGUCAUGCAGAUGACCUAGGGGAAGCUCUUGAUGAUUUUGACCCCUUCGGACCGCCGGCAAACGAACUUCCUCCCACUGCGUGGAGUCAAGAGACGUACGAGCAUGGCCUCGAGACGUCCGAAACCGCAUGUUGGAAGCAACUGGACCGUGCUUACACGGGAUCAUACGUGGACUUCAUGCGAUGGCGAGUAGCAUGCAAAGUACGAUGGCUUUUGCUCGACGGGGAUCGUUUCGAGCACGCCUGGAAGGCUCUGUCAAUCGUACGCCGCACAUCGCCAGUCGUCCUUUCUAUGCAGAUUUCUCCGCAAUCACCCCCGGAAUUCUGGCAGCACGUUGUGCAUAUUGCUCCCCAAAUCCGCUAUCUGGAUCUUGUGUCGUCGGGUACCAGGCUAGAGAUGGCGUAUCAGUGGACAGUGUGUUGCGUAGCAUCCUCUAGAUUGUUGCAGAGCUAAUAUGAGCUUUCAGUUCAACGCACUUUCUGCUUUAUCCGAACUGCGCUUGGUUGCUCUGCGAAUUUGCAGUGUUCGUGUUGGUGGCUUUUUUGUACACGACAUGGACGAAUCACGCGU